GCAAUGCAAUGCAAUAAUAUUAAUAUAUUUUCAUGCAAUGCAAUGCAGCAUUGCAUUAAUUACACAGUGUGAGUGUGAAUCUCUCUCUUUUCCCUGGUGGGAGCAUAAAGAGUACUCUAGCCUUCCUUGGUGGGCUUGUGAGCAGGAGGAAGAAAAGGGUGAGUCUAAGCAGAGGAAGAAGUUUUGGCAUGGAUGUUAAUAUUCGAGGUGAAAGAGGUAUUCAGAAUAGAGAAAGGAGCCCGGAGCGUGUGAGGUUGAAGCAAAAAGCGAAGCCCUCUAGAAAAGUUCAAGUGGUUUACUAUCUCUCCCGAAAUGGCCUUUUGGAGCACCCCCAUUUCAUGGAGGUCACCCUUUUGCCCAAUCAACCCCUCCGUUUAAAAGAUGUAUUCGAUCGGCUGAUGGGUCUGAGAGGGAGUGGCAUGCCGUUGCAAUAUUCAUGGUCUAGCAAAAGGAACUAUAAGAGCGGUUAUGUGUGGCACGACUUGUCGCUGAAGGAUGUAAUACAUCCGGCAGAAGGAGGAGAAUAUGUGCUCAAAGGAUCUGAACUGGUGGAAGGAUGCUCCGGUUCCGAGAGAUAUAAUAAUGUGAGGAACAGGAAGAAGCAAGGAAUUGAUGAUGAACAGGCGGCGUUCAGUGUGUGCAAGGAGGAGGAGGAGGGAGAGAAAAGGAGUUGGACGACGAGGACGCACUCUGGAGGCGUGUGGAGGGAGGAUCCGGAAGAGGAGAAGAAGGGAAGGAAGGUGGUGAAGGGGGAGGGGGUGUCGAGUCGUUACUCGGUUCUGCUGCAGCUGAUAGCGUGUGGGAGCGCGGGAGCGGAGUUGAAGGGGAAGCAGGGGACGAAGGAGUACUUCAGUGGGAGCUUGGUGGAGUCUUUGAAAGGCACCCAGAAGGAGGAGGGGGAGGCAGUGCUCAACAAGUCUAAUUCCUACAACGAACUAAGACUAGGGAUGGAGAUGGAGGCAGAGGAAGAGAAGGGACUCAAAGACAAAUGCAUUCCUCUCAUCAAAUCUCCCAAACACACUACUACUUCUACCAAAUGAUACAUUAUUAUUAUUAUUAUUAUUAUUCAUCCCAAUUCUAAGUUCUAACUACUAAUUACACCUA